AUGUUUUAUGGUCAAAUUGGAUUCGCGCUGGCAAAUCUGACUGAGGAGCACUCUAAAGAGAAAGCAAAGGAGGUGGAGACGUAUUUCACAAACGGAAACGUCACAUUUGAGGUGGCAUGCAAGUUGAAGGAGGCAACUGGAACAGAAACAAUCAAGUUCUGUAGUGAGGCUGACACUACCGUAAAGGGGAUUAAAAAUUCGACACCGUUACAGUCGAUUGGAUCAGUUGAUGAUUUCAUUGAGUUCAUGAAGAAAGUUGAUGGAUACGAGAAGAUCGUCAAGAAGAGCGACUCAAUUGAGGAGAAAGACGAUGACUGGAAAAAGAUGAUGGAUGGCAUUAACAAGAACAAGAGGCUGCCUCCGCCAUACGUGAAGUUUCUGAAUGGGUUUCUGAAGGAGGGGUCCCACAAGGGCAGUGAGUUUGAGGACUACGUGAAGAACAAGAGUGGUGAAUUGAAUGGGAUAUUUAAUGUUGUUGAGAUUCAUGCAGCAUUUAAAGGAGCAGCAGAUGGGGUAUUCUACACCUAUUGCGUCUACAAGUCAGGUGGAGAUGGAGUCAAGUCAAAGAUCAUAAAGUUCAAGGCGAAAGAUGGCAACAUUAUUUCAGUAAGUGGAUUCACACUUACUGCAGUAUGGAUACUCGUCUUUUCUCUGGUAUAUGGAACAAUAUUGGUUGUAAUUGUCUCAAUUAUUUAUUGCAUAUACAGGUGCAUUAGGAAGAAACCAGUUGAAAAGAAGGUAGUGACAGAAGUAUGA